GAGGGGUGUGGGUUUUAAAACCUGCUAAUCCUGCUGUCCUCAAUCUCUGCCUGCACCGGAGGAGACGACGGGACGGACGGACACUAGCUCCUCACUGACCAAACUUUGUCGGCUCAUACUGCAACAGAUAUCCAACUCAGAGCUAUUUAGACUUUUUCUCCUAUCUCAUCGGAAAGUAAAAGACCACCACUCAGCUUUUUGAAGACGUUUCAUUUUUACCGGGAGUUAAUCCUGUUUUCGCACGGAGGAUUUUAAAUAUCCACCCCGCGAUGAGCGCUGCGGAAAACUCAGACACGGACUCCAACAAGCUGGAGUCUGUGAUACAGAGGCUGGAGGAGAGUGUAUUGUCUGAGGAGAAGAGGCUGACAGUCCAGGGCCCUUCACCUGACGCCCCCCCUACAUGUAUACCAGCAAGAGUACGAGAGAUUGUCACCAAGAACCUCAACGAUAGCCCGGGAGCCAUGUCCUCGGUCAUGUCUAUCCAGGAGGAGAACCGAGUGCUGCAGGGCGAGCUGGCGAGGCUGGAGGACCUGUUGGCACACAGCAGAGCAGACCGGGACGAGCUCGCCAUCAAGUACGGGGCAAUUAGCGAGAGGUUGGAGCAGGCGCUGCGUUUUGAUACCGGAGACGCGGACCUCGACUCACCAGAGUCCCGGAGCCUGGCUCAGCAGAACGUGGACCUACGCAGACGGCUGGAUGAGGAACAGGCAGCCUACAAACGGAAACUCACUGCGUACCAGGAGGGGCAGCAGAGGCAGGCGCAGCUCGUGCAGAAGUUGCAGGCCAAGGUGCUCCAGUACAAGAAGAGGUGUGGGGAUCUGGAGCAGAUGCUGCAGGAUAAAUCCUCAGAGCUGGAGAAACAAAAUAGUGAAACAUCAAAUGGUCGACACCAAGAUGAAGCAAGCAACCUGGAGGACGCUUUGAUCCGCCUGGAGGAAGAACAGCAGAGGAGCAGCAGUUUGUCUGCAGUGAACGCGAUGCUGAGGGAGCAGUUGGAGCAGGCCGGUUUGGCCAAUGAGGCUCUCAGCCAGGACCUCCGCAGGCUCACCGCUGACUGGACGAAAGCCAGAGAGGAGCUGGAACAAAAGGAGUCAGACUGGAGGAGAGAGGAGGAGUCUUUCCACAGCUACUUCAGCAGCGAGCACAGCCGGCUGCUGAUGCUGUGGCGACAGGUGGUCGGGUUCAGGAGGAAUGUCUGUGAGAUGAAGAGCCUCACUGAAAGGGACCUGUCGGAUAUGCGUAACGAGCUGGCCCGGAUGUCCCACUCCGCCCAGGUGUCCUGUGCUGGUCUCUCCGCGGCGGUGCACAGUCGGGAGGGAGGAGCGGCUCUGGCUCUGGAGCGGGAGAAGGCUCUGAGGGUUCAGCUGGAGCAGCAGCUGAGAGAUCGAGUCACUGAGAUGAUGAACCUUCAGAGCCGAACCGAUGCAGAGAGAAUUGAGCUGAACGUCCGGUUGUCGGAUUCGACGAGGGAGACGGAGAGACUCAAGGGUCAAAUAGAAGAGAGAGACACAGAAAUAAUGACGCUGACAAGGAGACUUGAGGAGCAGAGCGGCAGCGGAGAGAGUGACGCGCAGAUGAUGAGAACUCACACUGAGACGCUGUUGGACACACUGCGGGACAUCGCUCAGACACUUUUGUCAGAUGGAGAGUCGUCUUCAGAAGCGGAUCAGGACAACGCCGGGGCGCCUCUGCUUGCGUUGAUCCGUGACCCGUCUCCUCGGAGGCCGUCCUCCCCCACUAGACCCUCCUCGCUGCUUCCUCCCCCGGAGGCAGCGCUGUCUGCUCUCCGCUCCGCAGUCACAAACAAGACGCUGCAGCUGCAGGAUGUUCGGGGUCGUCUUCUCUCUGCCCAGUCCUCGGUGCAGCAGUUAAGAAAGCAACUUUCAGAGUCAGACGUGGCUAAAAGAGACGGUGAACAGCGGUGCCAAGCACUUCAGAGAGAGAGGGACGCCGCUCAGAGAGAGAGGGAGACGGCGCAGAGAGAAAAGGAGCGUCUGAAGCAGGAGAGAGACACGCUGGCCAGUGAGAAGGUGAACCUGGAGAAGGCGGUCCAGGCGACGCAGAGCAGCGUCCAGAUCCUGCAGAUGGACAGUGAGAAGCUUCAGCUGAGCUUGGCGUCCGCACAGCGGGAGAGAGAUCACGAGAGGGAGGAGAAGGAGGCCGCCCUUCAGGAGAGGGACCGAGCGAAGGCAGAGACUCAGAGGAUACAGAAGCAGUGGGAUCAGAGCGAGAGCCGAGCCUCUGCUCAGCGUGGCGAGUUGUCCACCGUGAGGGAGAAUCACCAACAGGGGGAGGUUGAGAGGCAGCUCCUAGAGCGGGAGAAAGUCCAGCUGUCUGAAGCACUGGCUCGGGCUGAGAGCAGCAACACAGAGCUGUCUCUACUGCUGAACAAGCUCCAGUCUGAGGAUUCAGCUCUCAGAGACUCUCUGGCAAAGAUGGGCAGCAUGAAUGAGGGCCUGACCCAGGACAAAGCUGACCUGAACACCUACAUCCUCCAACUGGAGGAGGAGAAGGGCCUCCUGCUGGCUCAGAAACGCGAGGCGGAGCAGGAGAAGUUGACCAUCAGGGAUGAGCUGGUGCGGUUGGAGCAGGACAGACUGGAGCUGGAGUCCGCCCGCAUCACGCUGCACCAGUCACGGCAGGACGCUGAGCUAAGCCGGGUGGCGAUGGAGGCAGAGCUCCAGAGUCUCAGGGCUGAAAGACUUAAGCUCCAGGAAAAAGUCAACCAGCUCUGUGGUGAGGUGACUUCUCUGGGUUCAGAGUUGAGUCUCGCCAGAGGAGAGGGCCAGAGGAACGAAGUGGCCUUGGAGGAGGCCGGCCGCAGUCGGGGAGAACUGGCCCGAGACAAAGCAGCACUCGUGGUCCAACUGACGGCAUCUGAGAGAGAAAACGCCAUGCUGUCUGAGGAGCUGACUGCUUUUAGAUCAGAGCGAGAGUCCCUGGAAACCAGUCUGUUUGAUGUGCAGCAGCAGCUUGUUCAGGUGGAGUCUCGCAGAGAGCAGCUCGAAACUGAAAACCAAAACCUACGAGUCCGCUGUGAGACUGCUGCAGCUGAACUGAAACGCAUACGCUCAGAUGGGGACAGCGCGUUAGCCCAGUCUGAGAGGGAGAAACAGACUCUGACUCAGACUCUAAAGGCUGCACAGCAGGAGGCUCAGCAGGCUUUACGCAAGGCCAUCUCUGAUCAUCAGGAGGAGGUGGAGAAACUAGUCUCAGAGAAGGAGGUCGUACGGCACAGCUUGCUGAUGGACCACGAAGUUGCUUUGAGGAAACUCCGACAGGAGAUGGAGGAUCACCUCCACAGAGCGAAGAGAGAAAAAGAGGAGCUGCAGGAUGAACUGAGGAGCCUGCAGCACGACAGAGAUCAGUGUCUGCUGCAGGCCGAGACCGAGAAACAACAGGCCUUGUCUCUGAAGGAGGCAGAGAAGACGGCUCUGUCUGACAGGGUGUCCAGUCUGCAGGCUGAGCUGUCCUCUGUAACUCUGGAGGCCGAGCGGUUGUCCAGAGAAGCAGCUCAUUACAAGGAGCAGGAACAGGUCAGAGUUGGAGCCCUGAGCAGUGAGCUGCUGGAGCUUCGGUCUCGGCUGGAAGAUGCAGCCUCAGCUCAUGAGAGGGAACUCCACAGCCUGCGGGAAACUUGUAGUGAUCUUCGGUCUCAUGCUGAGGUUGCUCUCAAAGAGCUGGAGCAGUGCAGGUCCUCUCUCUCAGCUGCUGAGGAGAGUAGAGACCAGUUGAGGCGGGACAUGUUGGAGACCGAGCGUCGUCUGAACCAAACUCAGGACUUGGCAGAAAACAACAGAAGAGAGGGAGCGGAGCUGCGCCGCAGCUUCUGCGACGCCAGCAAGGAGAGAGACACUCUUAACCAAUCAAACACUCAGCUGAGAGAAACUCUGCGAAGUGCAGAAACCGAGAGAAUCAGUUUCAAACGGCAGUGUGAGGAGAAGGAGCAGAGGCUGGCUGUGCUGGAGGACAACUUCUCAUCCGCUCAGAAGGAGGCGACAGAACUGCGUAGCUGCCUCAGGGAAGUGGAAAGGUCACGACUUGAGGCUCGGCGAGAGCUGCAGGAGCUCCGGAGACAGCUGAAGGUCCUGGAUGGAGAGAAGGAGCAGAAAGCGAGGGAGGUGGCAGAGCUGCAGACUCGCUUGUCUCUGGAGGAGCAGAGGGACGAGGAGAAAGGGAAAGAGGUUUUCGCCCUCAAACAGAAGCUCGCCGAAGCUGAAACCGCCCGUGACUCCUUCAAGAAAGAGCUCUCUAUGACUCAAAAACGUCUGCUGGACUCUGAGUCGGGCUGGCGCAGCUGUGAGAGGGAGCUGACAGCCCAGCUGCAGGAGGCUCGCGGUUGUGAGAAGAAGCUCCAGGACGAAGCGAAGAACCUGUCCCUGCGCGCUCAGGCCGCCCAGGACUCCUCUGCCCAGUCCAGCCUGCAGCUGAGCGAGGCGCAGGGCCGGCUGGCCGCCACCGAGGCGGAGCUGUCACGAUCCGAGGCCGGCAGGAAGGAGCUGGAGUUUCGCCUGAGCAGCCUCCAGUCGGCGCUGACCCGAACGCUGGGCAUCGGAGCAAGCGGUAGAGGGAGCAGGGGGAGGAGCCCAGGAGGGAGCUCCACAUCACCUGGCACCACGUCGCGCCACUACAGUAUCUCACCAAUGCGCUCCUCACUGUCGCCUCCCAAAGAUUUUCCCAUUGGCACCCCUGACAACACUUUAGGCUCAGGUCCUGUGUCUCCGGAUAGAGGGGACACGCCACUGCCUCUUCCUCAGCCAGAGCUGGACCCGGACACCCUGCGUAGUGGUCUCAGGGACUUCCUCCAGGAGCUGCGUGAGGCACAGAGAGAGCGGGAUGAUGCGCGAUGCCAGCUGGGGGCCUUGCAGCGGGAGCUGGAGGAGCUAAAGGGGGAGCGAGACUCUGCUCAGAGUCGUCUCACUCAGAUGCAAAACACUGUACAGGAGUACCAAGAAGGUAAACGUGGCCUGGACGAGCGCCUGACCACCACUCAGAUUCUGCUCCAGCAGCAGGAGGAGGUGGUGAGGAGAGGAGACAGAGAGAGGAGAGCUCUCACCGACAGGGUGAAGGAUCUGGAGCGAGCGCUGCAGGUCUCCGAGGCCGAUAAGAAACACACGCAGGAUCAGUUGAAUAAGCAGCGCGCUGCUGAGAUGCGUCUGGAGGCGGAGAGGCGACGCCUGCGGGAGGCGCUCGAUGCCGCCGAAGCCCGGGCCACGAGGGUGGAGCUGGGGAGGCGCAGUCUGGAGGGGGAGCUGCAGAGGCUCAAGCUGAGUCUGGGAGACCGGGAGGCUGAGAGCCAGGCCUCCCAGCAGCGCCACGACUCUCUGCUCAAACAGGUGGCAGAAGGAGAAGCCCGAGUGUCUCUGCUGCAGAGAGAGGUGGAGAGGCUGAGCCAGGCUCUGCUCAGAGCUCAGGAAGGAGAGUCUCUUCUCAAAGAGAAGGCCACCUCCCUCAACCAGACCCUCCAGGAUGCAUCGGCCGCUCAGUGCAGCACACAGGGCCGUCUGGCUGCUCUGCAGAAGACGCUUAGUUUGACUGAACAGGACAAAAAGCUUCUGCAGGAGCGACUGGAUGAAGCCAGGGCAUCGUCCGCUGACGUGAAGAGACACGUGGCCGCCCUCACUGAGCGCGUGCAGAGUCUGCAGAGUGAGCUGGACCGCAGCGAGCUGCAGAGAGAAGAACUGGAGGCCGAGCUCAGCAACACUCGGGAGGCUCUGCGUCAGCGUUCAGCCAGCCUCGUGGAGGCUCAGCGCAGUGCCCAGACCGCUCAGACAGAGCGCGCCACUGUAGAGGAGCGACUGCGUGGGCUUCAAAGAGCGGUGGCCAUGCUGGAGACGGAGAAAAAGGACGCGGAGAGACAGGCCAUGAGGCUGGAGAAAGACAAAAACGCACUGAGGAACACACUGGAUAAGGUUGAACGUCAGAAGCUGAAGUCGGAGGAAGGCAGCAUGCGUCUGUCUGCAGAGAGGAGCCGCCUGGACCGCUCCCUGAACACAACGGAGCAGGAGCUGCAGGAAGCACAGCAACAGAUACUGAUGCUGCAGACUCAGCUGGUUGAGAUGGAGCAGUCGAGUGGUCUGUGCGAGAGUUUGGUGAGGCAGCGCGACGAGGCCGUGCGGGAGGCGGAGAGACUGAGGAUCAGCUUCAAGGACGUAGAGCGAACGCUGGGCACCAGAGAGCGAGCUCACCGACACAGAGUCAAAGGACUGGAGGAGCAGGUAUCCACUCUGAAGGAGCAGCUGCAGCAGGAGAUUAAGCGGCGUCAGCCUUCUCUUCCAUCUACCGUCCUGUCAGCGGGGAACUGAGUAACACCAGCUGACCACCUACUCAUCCAGGGAAACUUCACUCACUUGUGAAAGUCUCAUAACAACUGCGUUCAUACUCUUAACUGUACUGUUUAAAAAUGUUGUCAUGUUCCAGGUGAUUUAUUGAUAUUGUGAACAGUAAAGAACACUAAACCGCAGCAUACAGUAAAUGACAGGCGAGGGAGAGCGGCGGGACACGACUGGGCAGCCGCGUUGGAAACACCAGCAGACCGCUGAUUACUGGCAACCGUCUACACUUGAUCCUUGCUCAACAUCUCCCCAAAAACUUCCUGCUCCUAUUCAAGAUGAAACCCAAGUCACCGCAGGAUUCUCCUCCAGACAGUCUGGAUGUAGAGCUGGAAGGAAAAUCUGGCAGUCCAGGAGCUUGGCCUCGAUCCCUCCGCAUUUACAGUUGAGGACAGACAAAGAAUGAAGGAAGGUCUUCGGACUGUGUGUGAGAGCCAGGAAACAAACACACUGAGCAUAAUGGAGAUCUGCACUGUAUAUUCUCUUAGAGAAAUUUGACUUGAUUAUGUGACACAUAAACACUAUUUUGUAACUGAAAAAAAAAGCUUUGGUUGUGCGCCGUGAUGGCAAACCUACACUGUGUGUUUUUAUUAGUUAAUAUUAAAAGCUGUAUACUUUGUACCUAUUGUAUAAAUAAUGAGGAAUAGCAGCAGUAUAAUUUGUAUUGACAGUACACAUGGAAGCCACAUGUUUGCAGGAGAAUAAAUGGACUGUGUGCACCGUAA